CGCUCACAGUCAGCUGUUGUCACAUUGAGUCCAAUCAGCUGAUGCUACGGUCACUGUUGUGAUCGUCGUCGCCCCUCAACCAACAACAACAACUUGGUUGUUGUCACAGUCAUCCCACUGUAGCUAGAAGCUAGUACAACAGUUAACUGGUGGUAGUCCACAGUCUGGUUGUGUUAUCUACAGCUGGAGAUACGGUCAGCUUGUGUUAAUACGAGCAAGGCGCUGCUGGUUGGUCUGGAGACAAUGACAGACCAGAAGGGACUUGGCACCCUAAGUCAAGAAUAAAGUAUCAGCACUCUUGAGUUUAGAGCUGGUGAUAAUGCAGUGGAGGCUACUAGUGGUGUCAGCAGGGUUGUGUGUUGUGUUGGGAGACGUCUCCACCUUGGACGGCCAAGCCAAGACUGGCCAGUUCUCGGACAAUGGUAAAAAGAAUGCCACGACAGUACCCGGGCCAGGGCAGAGUGGCGUCAAGCCCAUGGCUGUUCGAGAUGAAGCCGAGUUGAAGGAUGCUGAUGCCAAAGGCUUCCUUCCCACAUCUUCAGUGAGAACAGUGCCUAUGACCACCACCACCACCACCACAGAGGCUCCACAGAUCAGUCUUCAUGUCGGGAAUAACACCAUCAGCAAUGUUUGCAACAUUACCUCUGAGGAUUACAGCAAGUUAACCUCCUUUUACCCUCAGCACUGCACCAAGGAUGAUGGGGAGCCAGAGGGACAAGACACAGAUGGAGUUGCUGUUGAUGUUGAGGCUGCCAAUGAAACCCAACCAUGCCACACUAGUGUUGACCUCCCUGAAGUAGGUGCUGCGGAGCAAGAACACCUCUCGUCCCUCUCCAUAUUUCUCAUACUCUGCGUACUUGCUGUGUGUGUGAUACUGAUCUUCUUUCUCCUGAAGACUAAGCUGAACUACCUCCCAGAGAGUGUGGCCUGUGUUAUAGUUGGUGGUGUGAUUGGUAUGGUGCUGAAGAUUUUGUACAGCCAACAUAUAGCAAACUGGCAGAAGGAGGAAACGUUCUCUCCCACGGUGUUCUUCUUGGUCAUCCUUCCCCCCAUUAUAUUUGAGUCGGGCUACAAUCUUCACAAGGGCAACUUCUUUCAAAACAUUGGAUCCAUAGUUGUGUUUGCAGUGAUGGGCACAUUGAUCUCCGCACUGAUUGUUGGCGGAGGGGUUUAUCUCUUGGGACAGGCUGAUGUAGUAUACCAACUAAGUUUUGUGGAGAGCUUUGCCUUUGGCUCUCUUAUAUCAGCUGUGGAUCCUGUGGCAACAUUAGCCAUCUUCCAUGCCCUAAAUGUGGACCAAGUGCUCUACAUGCUGGUGUUUGGGGAAAGUAUCCUCAAUGAUGCUGUCUCCAUCGUUCUCACCAGUACCAUCAUUGAAAUGGCAUCUCCAGCUAUGGCAUCCAUGGGAUCUGGAGAAGCAGUUCUUUACACAAUCUGGAGAUUCUGUGUUAUGUUCUUUGCGUCAGCGGGUAUUGGCGUAGCCUUUGCUCUGCUGAGUGCUCUGACCCUCAAGCACGUUCCUCUGAGGGAGUACACCUCCCUCGAACUCUGCAUCAUGAUCGUCUUCAUUUAUGCUCCGUACACCCUUGCAGAGGGCAUACAUUUGUCAGGUAUAAUGGCGAUCUUGUUCAAUGGAAUUGUGAUGUCGCACUACACCCAUUUCAACCUGUCACCAGUGAUGCAGAUAACUAUGCAGCAUCUUAUGAGAACAUUGGCCCUUAUUGCUGAAUGUACAGUUUUCAUAUACCUGGGGCUAGCACUUUUCAGCUUUAGACACCAGUUUCAUUUGGCCUUGGUAUUAUGGAGUAUUGUGCUGUGCCUCCUGGGUCGGGCCAUGAAUAUUUUCCCUCUCUCUUGGCUUGUUAAUAAGUUCCGUGACCACCAGAUCAACUACAAAAUGAUGUUUAUUAUGUGGUUUAGUGGAUUACGAGGGGCCAUUGCUUAUGCUUUAGCCCUUCACUUGGAGUUCAGUGAUGAGAAGCGGCACGUAAUUGUAACGACGACUCUCACCAUUGUAUUGUUCACCAUAUUUUGUCUUGGGGGCUCUACCAUGCCUCUUAUUAAGUACCUUAAGGCUGACAAGAAGCAGAGAAACAGACGACCUAAGGAACGCGAUAAAGAAAUGACCCUGAGCAAAACUAGAGAAUGGGGUCAAGCAUUGGAUUCUGAACAUUUAUCAGAGUUCACAGAAGAUGAGAGCGACACACCAAUGGGUGCACAGGCCCGAGGAUUCCUACGCCUCGACCUUCUGUAUCUCCGUCCAUUUCUCAUUAGGCGUGUGACACAUCAAGAGGUGCGGUCACAUGCCAAUGACCUGAAAAAGCAGUGCUAUCAGUCAAUCAAUGUUCAAGCCUCAGAGUCUGAAGAAGAAGAAGAAGACGAAAUCUUCACAGCUCGCUAAAGAUUUUUUUUUUUUUAACAAGACUAUGAUCAGUUUGCCUGUUGUUGAACUGUUGCCUCAGUGCUGCCCACACUUCUUUUCUUGGUUUAUAAUAUCGCACUAAAAUGUGCUAAUCUGUAUUAAUUUGUCUUCAGUUCAGUCAAAAAUAUACUGUACUGUAGACAAGAAUAUUGAAAGAUAUUAUUAUUGGUUUUCUUUUGGUGAAUAUUAAGAGUAUGGUGUGCCAAUACCAGAAUACUGUUGUCUGCAGUGUUUACAGGCAAUAUUUCUGUAAAUGUUCAACAGGUUAAUAACUUAGUUUUAUUGUAUAAUGCAUAAGAGGUUGCCAUCUGAAUUUUGACAUGAUGAAUACCUUAAAAAUAUAUAAAUGUAUUGCUCAUUUUACAAUUUCUAUAUACAGUAGUGUUAUAUAAUUGCUAACUACUUUGACAGUUACAAAGGUAUGACAACUUUCUACAUUGCAUUUCACGCCAUAAAUGUUUAUAUUGUAUAAAUUUGCAGAGAUCUGGUGACUACUAUAUAAAACACACAUUUUAUACGUCUUCUGUGUCCAAGUCAUUAAAACAAUUUGCUAUAGAAUAUUUUUAAUAAAUUAUAAUGUGGCCAUACAUAACUGUAAAUAUAAUUGUACAGUUGUACCUAUUUUGUUAAAGUAUCCUUGGUAGGGAUAUCUUUGGGUUGUCUUAUUUUAUUUUCUUCCAAUACGUUUGUUCAGCAUUUGGAAUGCCUCAUACUAUUAUGAAUGUGAUUCAUGAAUAAUUCAUAAUGCUAAGGCAGUGUGCUGCCUAUGCAGUCCCUAUUGACUUUUAACUAAAAAUCUUGUAGUCCCCUCCCCAAUCUAAUGAAUUGAUUCAUACUGAACCUGUAUACAGGGAAGUUCCCAACAUACGAACAUCUGAACUUAUGAAUAGUCUCAAAUCCCCAUUUUAGCUCCUUGUCCUGUUAUAUGAACCCAUUCCCAUCUCCCCACAUUAUGGAUAGUGCAGGUAAGCGGGAAGAGUCGCUUUUACAGGGUAAAAACUGGCUAAUCAAGGUAUGAAGGAUCAUAACCGGAUUGAAUUUUGCUCAUUAAAUGUAUACAGUACUGUAGAUGAAAUCUGGGUUCAGGUAAAUAGGACUUUACUGUACACUCUAGUAUUUUUUCUAAUUUGACAUAUUUGUGAUACAAAAGUGAUGUGGUUGUAACCAUAAUUAUCUAGUCAGGUUAGGAUUUAAGUGAAUUUUGAGGUAAAGUUUGUAAUAUUUAACAGUAAACAGGUAGUAAUAAUUUUACUUUGCAAAGAGCAUUUCUUAACAAUAUUUAUCCUGGUUCUCAUAAUUCAUUACAUAUAUACCAGUCUAAUCUUUCCCACUUUCAUGAUGUAGGGUGUUAUCAGCCUAGAGGAGAAGAGUGAGAUACAAAGUAAAAGGUUACAGACUUUUAAUAAUGAAACAUUAAAAAUAUCACUCGAGCCAUUCAUAUAAUCAUUCACAAUGCAAUAUAGCAUCACAGAUACGCACACAUUACUUCACUCCAGCAACCAACACCAGUGAAUUGGCAUAUACAGUACUGCAAAUUAUAUAAAACACUUCUUAAAAAUUGCUUCCACCUAGCCUUGUUCUUUGCUAUAUUCUAUGCACUAACCAUACAUGCACAUCAUGUCUGCACACUCUUUUCCCUGACAAUCUUCCUCUUCCUUAAAAUUCACUUUAAUAUACACCAUUCUGUUAUCCAUUUGUGCAACAUAACAAAACCACCCAUCUUGACAUACUCUUUACUUUUGCAAUUUAUUAACUUUCACACUACACAUAUCCAUGAUCUUUUUAUUCUUUACUUAAUCUACUUUCCUAUUGCCACACAUGAUUACCAGAUUGGCCAUUUCUACUGUUUUAACUUAAUUUUAAAUAUUCAUACCACCCAUCAUCUAGCAACUAUAAACAAGUUGGGCACCAUGACUUCAUGCAGAUCUCUGACUUUCUAUUUCUAAUUAGUGUCUAUAUAAUAUAUAUAUAUAUAUAUAUAUAUAUAUAUAUAUAUAUAUAUAUAUAUAUAUAUAUAUAUAUAUAUAUAAUACAUUAUAUAUAUAUAUAUAUAAUGUAUUUAUAUUUUAUGUAUACAUACAGACACAGGUUUCCUCUUUUUGCCAAAUUCAUACAUACUCAUUCUUCGAAAUCCUUCUCUUUGUCAUGCUAAUUCAUAUUCCAUGCUUGCCAUGUGUAGUUCUUAUGGAUUGGUUGUGCAAGCUUCUCAAAAAAUAAGAAUGGUACCAAAAAUCGUAAUGACUCUGAGGAAACACAAAUGGUUAAAAGGAAAUCAACAGUAUUAACUAGAAUAAUUUAUGAACAUUAGCUUUUCCAAAUUUGAUUUUUACUUGACCCUUUGAUUUCUAGGCACAGAAGUACACACUAGGGUGGCUUGUACCUUCCUCCAGUCUAGACAUGUAUAUUUGCCAUCGAUUCAUUUCUGCCUGAAAUCAAACCUAAAAUGUUAUGUCUGUAUGCAUGUCUUACAUAUUACAAUCUAACCAAUCACUUUGUACAUAAUUAUUAGGCAACAUAUCAGUAUACAUCGAAAGAUGUCUCAAUUUAUUGCCAUCUGGGCACAAUAUAAGAAUACUUUCUCAUUUUAUGGAUUACGUCAAGAAAGUAGGUGACAAUUGAUAUUUUGCUAAAUAGAUAUGCUCACUCCAAAUGAAUAACAAAAUGUUCAUAAAAUCAUGCUUUAUUUCAUUGAUGUGGCCCAUUUUAUCACCUAAAUCACUUUACUAAAUUUAAUCUUAGUACAGUACAUUGCCUCACAUGGGGAAAGUAGGCCUGUUGUUGUUCAGGUGUUAUUUCAUAUGGUUGACUCAUUAUUCUGUGAUAAUUGUACCAAGUAAUUGUUUUCCAUAAAGUAAAAAUAUAGCCUGACUUUAAAAUGUUUGUACAAACUUCACUAGUGACAAUAUGAUCUGAUUUCCAGGUUGUGAUUUUGUUGGCUGCAUUAAAAUAUCAUUGUUUCAUUAAA